AUGGCCGACACCAAGACCGCGAAGGCCACUGUGGCCAAGGGUGACAGCGCCGCUACUCCUGCAUCUGCUCCUGUCACCAAACCCGAACGUCCCAAUGAUGAAGAGUACAAGGCCAACUUGGCAAAGGCGGAGAAGGAGCUCAAGGCUGCUGAGGAAAAAAUGAAACAAAUCAAGGCCAAGCUUGACAUCGCUCGCCCGAACAACAAAGAUUCGCCAUCUGCAAAGCGUCAACAGGAACUGCGAGCUGAAUUGGGCACCAUUCGAACUCAGCAAGCGUCUGGCAAGACCAACCGUACCACUAUCAUGGACAAGAUCAAGCGUCUUGAUGAGCAGCUCAAGUCCCGCAUUACCGAAUCCAAAAAUGCACGUGGCAAGAUCAACUUCAAGUCUGCCGAAGAUGUUCAGCACGAGAUCGAUCGUCUGCAAAAACAGGUAGAUACUGGUACCAUGAAGAUCGUGGACGAGAAGAAAGCGCUUGGCGAGAUCUCCCAGCUCAACCGUAUCAAGAAGUCGUUUGCCGGAUUUGACGAGUCUCAGAAAGGAAUUGAUGAGAUCAAAGCGCAGAUCGCGGAACAGAAGAAAUUGCUUGACGAUCCAGAAUCUCGCGCUUUGAGUGACCGAUACACUGCAAUUACCACCGAGCUUGAUAAGAUCAAGGCUGAGCAGGACGAGGUUUUCAAGAGCUUGAACAGCCUUCGUGAUGAGCGAACACGUCUUCACGAGGACCAACAGAAGAAGUACUCCGCGGUCAAGGACCUCAAGGAUGCAUACUACUCCCAGCGCCGCGAAGCCGUCAAGUAUGAACAGGAGGCCCGACGAAUCCGCGAGGAAAAGCGCAAAGCAGAGAACGAUGCUUACCACCGUGGCAAGCGUCAGGAGGCCGCCAAGGCCAAGCUCGAGGAUGCAAGUGCUUCCGCUUACCAGGAUGAGAUCCGCACGACGCAAAGCCUUCUUGCUUUCUUCGACCCCGCAGGCUCUGUCAAGCCGGUCGCUUCUGGCCCGGGUAAGUUUGCAGCGACCGACAUCCGAACUGUUGAUGCCACUGGGUUCAAGGGCACAAGGGUAUCAAAGAAGGACGAGGAGGAGGAGAACUACUUCAUUGGCACUGGUGGCAAGAAGAACAAGCGCAACCGCGGUCAGGCAGGUGCUGGUGUCACCUCGCCGCCAGCGACGGAGGGCAAGUUCAACUUGGAUCUAGGCACUAUCGGUUCUUUGGCGAUCAUCAAUGUCGACCCGCCGAUGUCUCAAGCCGAGGUUCCUGCUGUUGUGGAGAAGUUGAAGGAGAAGCUUGCAUUCUGGAAGGGCGACCAGGAGCGCAAGACCAAGGAGAACAUUGAGAAAGCGCAAGCAGAGAUCGAUCGUCUCGAAGCCGAGGCUGCUGCAGUUGACAGCAAGGACACAAAGGCCUCAUACAGCAAGCAGGAGAAUGGCAGCGCGACUGAUGCCAGUGCUGGCAUCACCGCGGACUUGAACAAGACCAAGAUUGACGCUGAAGCUACUGAGGCUUAG